AUGAGCUCCAUCUGCCAGAACCACUGAGGCUGCGCUGUCAAACUCCACAUCAAUCUCAGUCAUCACUGAAAGAUAUGCAGACUCAUGUGAUGAUGUCUCUUGGGAUUGCACUGCUGAUGUUAACUGCAGGCAAUGCAUAUCCAUUGAAACCAGUCAGUCCUGGGGAGAAUGUACCUGCUGAAGAGCUGGCUAAAUAUUAUUCUGCCCUGCGACACUACAUCAACCUCAUCACACGACAAAGGUAUGGGAAAAGAUCUGCCCCCCCUGCUCUGUUCUCUGACCUUCUACUGACAGAGAGCACUGAGAGUAUCCCACGGCUGUGGUAUGGAGAACCUACAGAUGACAGCAGAAUCAGACAUGAUGAUCUUAAGAUGUGGUGAUCUAAGAUGUGCUGGUCAUCCAUCAAACAAGAAAUCCACCACUACAAAGACUGAAGAACCCACAAGAAGACAGCAUGAAACAGCCUUGUGUCCUUGGGCCUAGAAUGGACACUAUACGUUCAACAUUAAUUUUAGUGAUUAAUCAAUUGUAUAGCCAAUUAAUAGUUGUAUAGACAAUUAAUUAAAUGCUGAAUUAUA